CACACCACUCCUCCCCCCACGAUCCGCAGCCCAAACCCUAACCCCUCUCCCCUCUCCCUCCAUUGGACCGCCGCCGCCACCUACGACGGUCGAUCCCGCCGCGACCUCCCCUCCCCUCCCACCUCAAGCCGCUCCUCCUCGCCUUCGUGGACGACCACCUGCUUUCGCCGUUCGCGCCCGCACGCCUGCUCCUCAUCGCCUCGCUCCUCGCCCGCGGAUCGCAGAGCAUAUCAUGGCGUCCCCGGCGCGGCCAGCCUCCGUCUCUGGCCCCUUCGGCUCCGCCGCCGACCUCGCCAUCUUCUCCACUUCGACCACGACGCGGCGGGUGGAUCCAGGCCGUGCGAGCGAGACGGCGGCCAGAUCCUCGAUGGCGAGGACAUGCAGCGGUCCCCGCCGGCCAAAUCAGGUCCGUCUCCUCCCGCAGCUGAGUCGUUUUACUGGUGAUUUGCCUCGCACGACCACGACCUCUGACCCCUUCUCAUUGAUUUGCUCGGGCGGCCGCCUCUCCCACCAUCGACGGCGCGUGCUCAACACGGAGAUCCGCCGCGCCAAGGCCAAGCUCCUCGAGGAGGAUCCACCCAAGCUACACGCCGUCCACAGCCCCCCCACCAGCGAAGGCGACGUCCUCACAUGGAUUCGCGUCCUCCUCCCAAAGCAGCCAUCCCCGGCGAGCCCUCCUAGUGGCCAGAGGAGGUGGAGGAGCACUUCGCCCCUGCCUCCUCUCCCCCAGCGCGUGGGCCGGUGGCUGCUUCCUCUUCCCCGCCAAGCGAACGGGAUGAGAUUCCCCUCUCUGCCUCCAGAGCCAAAUCGAAGUUUGUUCAAUUGUAUAUCUACAGCCGGAUGGAUGUAGGACGCCCAGCCAUGGACGAGCAGCAGCAGCCGGAUGGAUGUGGUUUCCCUUGCUGCAGGACGUGGGUGUUGGAGAAUCAAGUGGCCUUGCAGGAGCUCAACCCAGACGCUCUUCCUAAGGGCUAUGAGUUGAUGGCCACGCUACUAGUUUGCCCUGCUUGAUAAUUCUAUUACUGUCCGGUCUGCUCUGCUCUGCAUAGUUUCCAGUUGCUUAUAAAACGAUAAAACAGUGGUGAUGUGAGGUCCGACAAUGGUUUGUAAUUUUGAUUUCAUCCCCAACCUCUCCAGCUAGCUUCUUCUUCACAUCAUAUCAUAUUUGCACCUGCUGCAGCAUCAUGGAUUGGAUGGUCACCUACUAGCUAAGUAGAUUAGCUUGUUUCUUGUACUAGGUCUGUCAAUUACAGCAUAAACAAACAAAUUGCUUAGCUCUCAACUAUGAAUACAUAGCUAGCUGAACCUGUUCUUUCUUUCUCUCUAAAGAGCUAUGACUUAUAUGGGUCAAGCUGCUGUUUCUCUGUGAUCGAUGAUACUAUUGCUGCAUGUAUACUGAUACAUGUGGUGAUAUUUACCUGAACUGAAGUUGUGAAUGUACCAUUAUUUUCCUGCUCA